CACGCCUGAGCAACCGGUUGGCUCUGGGCUCUCGCUCGCCAGACGAUUCCUCUUCUGCGCACACCACUGCCGUGCUCUAACAACAAUUCACUGGCUAUCUUCACUCCAUAUAGAAGCAGUAUACAAAGCCAGCAUGCAAGCCGGGCGGCCGCCUGCGAAUGCGUCGCUGCGGCGCUCCGUGGCCUCCGACAUAGCAGCAAAGCCUAUAGUGCCGCUGCCGACCGGCACAGCUAGCGGACUCGCUCUACAACCUGAAUCGCCAUGCUGCUCCGCUUGGCAGCGCCAGGCGUCGACCCGGCGCACGAUUCCCGCGGCGGCAUCGCGCGGGGCAUCGGCCGGCGACGACGCCACCUCAUCACAGCCCCAGUCAACGCCAUCCCCCGCCCCAGUCAACGCGCCGGCAACUGGUGGGAAGCCGCCGGCAGCUGCGGGCUGGGGCGCGGCGCUAGCAGCCAAGGCUGCCAAGCCCCGCGGCGCCGGCUCCUCUACGCCCAUCCCACGGCUCGAGGCGGUUGAUGGCGUGCCCGUACUGGGCGGCGGCAAUAGCAGUAGCAGUAGCAGCAGCAGCGGCGGCGCCGCCGCAAGCACUGGCAGCAGUAGCACGAACGGCAUCGGAAGCGGCAGCAGCAACAGCAGCAGAGGCCCAGUGGUAACAAUCACGCCAACCGCCAGCACCGCCGCUGAUGCCGGAAAGGGCAGCAAGCCCGGCGCAGCCGCCUCCGGGCCCCUGACCUUCGACCGCCCCACAACCAACACAACCAACGCCACAACCACCAAACGUUCACGGCCGCAGUCGCCGUCGCCGGCCUCGCCGCGCCUCGCGCGCCCUGCCGCGGGCGCGGCCGCCGGCGCCACUGCCGCGGGCAAAGGGAGGGCUGCGCCCAUUGCAGGUGGCGGCGGCGGCGGCGGUGGCAGCGGCGGCGGUGGCGCAGGUUUGAGGGGCGGGUACCGCAUCACGACGCCUGGCGCCGGUGUGGCUCGGCAGCCGCUGCCGUCUCUGGGAGGUGCUGUAUUCCAGAGCAGCAGCAGCAGCAGGCCUGGCGGCGGCGGCGGCGGCGGCAGUAGCAUCCCCAGCGGCGGCACGCUGGCUGGCAGUAGCAGCAGCACCACCAACAAUAAUACCAGCAGCACCACCAGCUCCGGCGGCAGUAGCAGCCCUAGCCCUAGCAGCAGCACGGCCGCCGCCGCCGUAGCCGCCGCCGCUGCCGCCGCCAAGGACCAGGGCAAGGGCGAUGGUGGAGGUGAUGACGGCGCACUGCCGCUGUCCGUGUCCUUCAGUGCCAUCAUGGGUCUCACAGCCCCCUCCCCAGCCCCCUCCGGCAAGAAGCAGCAGGGGAAGCAACAAAGGGAGCAGCAGCAGCAGAAGCAGCAGGUGGCGACAGCCGACGCCGCGGCGGCCGUUUCGUCCGCAUUCGCGGCCGCUGCCGCGGUGGGUGCGGCAGCCACACCCGGGGCCGGCGGGGCGGACAUGCUAAGCAGUGCCGCACAAGAACAGAAAGAACGACAACAGCAGCAGCAGCAGCAGCAGCAGCAGCAGGAGUGGCAGGGGCAGCAGGAGCAGCAACAGCCCCCGGAGGGGGAGGUGGAGGAGCCGGGGGUGGAAGUGGUGGAUUACACCUACAUGCCGGAUCCGGAACUGGAUCGGAUCGAGGAGGAUCUGGCCGAGGAAAAACGGAUCCAGGCUCUGGAACGGGCGCGGGAUCGCGAUCGGAUCCAAAGGGAGGAGGCGGCGGAGGCGGAGGCGGCGGUGCGGGACGUGUAUCGCGGCGGCGGCGGCGGCGGCGGCGCAUUGCCGCAUUAUGUGGGGCCGGUGCGCGCGGCGCGUGUGGCAGGCCGGGGCUGGGGUCUGCUGGCGGACGCCGACCUGGCGCCGGGGCAGCUGCUGCUGUGCGUGCCGCCCGCGGUGGCGGCGCGGGGGGAGCCGGGGCAGCUGCCCGAGAUGGCCCCGCUGCUGGCGGCGGCGCUGCGGCUGCUGCGCAUCGCCGACGGCCUGGAGCCGCCCGAGGAUGGCAGUAGCAGCGGCAGCAGCGGCAGUAGCAGCAGCAGCAGCAACGGCAAUGGCAGUAGCAGCGCUGAUACAGCUGCAGCCGGGGCGCGGGCUGGGGCCGCAAUUCGGAUCCAGGAUCGGAGGAGUCAGGAGGAGCUGGAUGGGGCAGCUCUAGCGGCACUUGGCACAGGAGGGGAGCGGUCUUCGCUGGCGGCGGCGCCGCCGCCCGACCUGGCGGCGUGGCGGCGCCGACAGUCGGAGUUGCUGCUACUGCCGCCGGGCACAGGGCAAAGGGCGAGCGGCAGUAGCAGGGAUGGCGGUAGCAGGGGUGGCGGAGGAGGAGGUGCAGGCGGCGGAGGCGGAGGCGGAGGCCGCAGGGGUGCCGCCGAGGCGGCGGCGGCGGCGGCGGAGGCGGCUGGGCGGAGGCGGCCGCCGGCCGAGAUAAUGGCUCGCCUGCAGGUGAACCUUUUGGCAGAGGACACGCAGGAUGGAGCGGCGGCCCUAGCAGGGGGCGAGCCUCUGGCCUCCGUGGUGGGUGUGUGGCCGGAGGCAGCGCUGGCCAACCACUCGUGCGCGCCCAACGCUGUUGCGGUGCUGCUGCCGGGAGGAAGCCUUGCGGUCCGGGCCACGCGCCCCGUCCGCUCUGGGGCAGAGAUCACACUCAGCUACCUCCCCGCGGGGGCGUCCGGCGGCGCCGCCGCCGCGCCCGCCGCGGUGCGCCGCGCCGCGCUGCGCGACGGUUACGGUUUCAACUGCCGCUGCCCGCGCUGUCGGUUGGAAGCCGCCAACCGCCACUCGGUGCCGUACAUAUAUGCCGACGCGGAGCGGGCGAGUGAGGAGGCGCUGGCGCUGCUGCAGCUGGCCUCCUCCCGCCGCGACCUGGCUGCGUGUGAGGCGGCGCUGCAGCCGCUGCAGUCGGCCGUGGAGCGGCUUACGGAGGCAAUUGCCCAGCUGGGAGACGAGGUGGACCUAUCAGGCGGCCGCGACGGCGCCACGGCGGUUGCAACCGUCAACCGCCUCGCAGCCGCCGAGCUGCGUCAGGAGGGCAUCGAUCCGGACGAGCUAACCGCCGAGGCAGCGGCGGCGGUUGGUAACGGUAACGGUAACGGUGGCGGCGCUGCCGCAGGCGCCGCCGCUACCUCUCCGAUGGGCCUGCUUUCGGCGGCGGCGCGUCGGGCGGAAGAGGAGGCUGCCAAGUCAAGAGCUGGCGGGAAGCUGCGAAAGGGUGGCGGCGGAAAAGGCGGCGCCAAAGGCGGCGGCGCCAAAGGCGGCGGCGGCGGCGGCGGCGCUGCUGGACGCGGUGUGAAGGCUCCGGCGGUGGACCGCGCGACAGCGGAGGCCUGGCUGGGGGCAGGCGCCGGCUGCCUGAUGGCGGCGACCAUUGACGCCAUGGCGCUGCGAGCGGCGCUGCUGGGCGUGGAUCUGGGCCCGGGCUGGCAUUGGCCGCCCGUGUCACCCGCAGUGGUGCCCGCCUCUUCCGUGCCAGCCUCCGCCUCCGGCCCUUCGGCGCCCACACCCACCUCCCCAGCCCCGGCCCCAGCCUCAGCCUCAGCCCCAGCCUCAGCCCCAGGCUCAGCCCCGGCCUCAGCCCAAGCCCAAGCCCAAGCCCAAGCCUCAGCCCAAGCCUCAUCUUGGGCGGCGUCGUCAGGGGCCUCCCCCGGGGGUGUUGCGGCGGGGGCGCCGCCAGCUGCGGAGACGCCGCCGCCGGUGGUGGCGGUGGUGGCGGCGGUGGCGGUGGCGGGCAAUGAGGCGCUGGUCUCCUCUGGGGGUGUUGCAGAAGGAGCGCCGCCGCCGCCGGUGGUGGCACCGGUGGUGGCGGCGGCGGCGGCGGCCAUGGCUGACGAGGAGUUGGAGGAGGCGCAGGCGGAGGCGGUGGCGGAGCUGAUGGGCGGCCUGGCCACUUACACGCAGGUCAUAGCGCAGGCGCUGCCCGGCUCGCCCGCCCACACGCAGUCCGCGGGCCGGCUGGCGGCGCUGGCGCGGGCGCAGCUGGGGCGGCGGGACCGGCUGUCGUACAGCCUGGCGGCGGCCGCUUACGAGGCCUACAGGCUGCGGUACGGCCGCACCCUGGACGAGCCCACACUGGAGCGGUUGAUGGCGGCGGACAUGGAGGCAAUGCAGGAGGCACGGAAGCGUGAGGCCGCAGCAGCAGCAGCUGCAGAGGCAGCCGCGGCAGCCAAGGCCGCGGCGGCAGCCGCCAAGCGUGCUGCUGGUGCGGGCGCGGGCGCGGGUGCGGGCGCGGCGGCUGAGGGCAAAGCAUUGCAGGAUGGAGCUGAGGAUUACGAGGAUGUUGAUGAAGAUUUGGAGGAGGAGGAGGGAGAGGAAGAGGAGGAAGAUGAGGGCGUGAACGCCACGCUUCAGGCACUGUUUGAGGAGGACGCGGCUCUCCGCGAGCGCGCGCGACAGGUGGCGGCGGCCGCCGCCGCAGCCGCGGCAGCGGCGGAGCAGGCCGCGAGGGAGGAGGCCGCCGCGGCGGCGGCGGCGGCGCGCGCGCAGCGGCAGCAGCUCCGCCGUGCGGAUGUGCGGGCGGCGGCGGAUGCGGAGGAGGAGGAGGCGGCGCUCGAGGCGGCGAUUGAGGCGGCGCUGCCGGAUAACGUGGUUGCGGCGCGUGCUGCUGACGUGUCGGUUGGCAGCGGUGGCGGCGGCGGCGGCGGCGGCGGCGAGGGUCAGUUUGACCCCAUAGCUGAGGCGGAGGAGGAGCUCCGCCGGCUGCUGGGUGCUACUAGCAGCAGCAAGGGUGGAAGGGGCAGUGAGGCGGCGGCGGCGGUGCCGCCGCCGCCAUCGUUCGUGGCGCGCCGCCGCGACGCCGCCGGCGCGGGCGCGGCUGCGCCGCCGCCGGUGCUGCCGCCGCGGCCGCCGCAGCCGCAGCCGGGCGCCGCGGCUGGGGCGGCGGGCGUAGACCCCGCGGCGAUGGCGGCGGCUGCUGCGGCGGCGGCGGCCCGGAUCCCGGUUCGUCGCAUCGGUCGCAAGGCCAUGCCUUCAGGCACGCCAGGUGCCACGGCGGCGGCAGGGGCAGCUGGAGCGCCGGUGGUGGAGCGUGUGUCGUCGUCUCGUAAGGAGGCGGGAGAGGAGGAGGAGGAGGCGCAGGCAGUGCAGAGGUUGUUUACCCGCGAGGUUGUGGGACAGGAGGAUGAGGAGACGGAGGCGGCGACGUCUGUGCGGGGCGGUGCUGGUGUGAGCGGCGGCAGCAGGAGCAGGGCGGGGAACCGCGGCGGCACAGGUAGCGCUAGUGGGGCGGCGGCGGGAGCGGGUGCGGCGGCGGCGGGGGCGGGGGCGGCGGGUGUGGGAGGAGGUGCGGCGCUGCCGGAUGGGCUGCUCGAUGUGUUCGGACUGGGGCUGGAUGGCGGGGAGGGGACGUAGGCGGUAGGCGGUAGGCGGUAGGCGGUAGGCGGUAGGGAGCCAUGGGGUCUGGAUACCGGUCCGGCGUAUCGGUCGCAAGGCGGGGAGGGGACGGGGCGGUAGGCGGUAGGCAGUAGCUGCGAGGCGGGGCCGUGCGUGUGUGAGGGAGGCAGCCUGCGGCACGAAGCGGGCGGUGCGAACUGGAUGUCAACGCAGUCGCGGUGUUGCUCGCUGUUGUUGUUGUUGUUGUUGUUGUUGUUGUUGUUGUUGUUGUUGAUGUAUCGGUACUGGCGGUAUGCUGAUAUACCGACAGUGGCCAACCAACUUGUGCUGGCGGGCUAGGCGGGCGGGUGGAGGCAGUGCCGACGGAUACGUCAGUGCAAUGCGUUGGUAAGUGCUGGUUCAGGCCCAAGCAGACAGGAGGUCUGAGGCAGAGUGAGCGACCGGGCAUCUUUAAAUGUAAUUUGCGUUCCGU